CUCCCGCGGGCCCCGGGCGUCCGACCGCGCCGGCUUCCCGACAGCCGGGGCGCCGUGGGGGCCCUUUUCCGGGUCUCCCUGCCGGGGGCGGGUCUCCGCGUCCCUCCUGCGCAGGACAGGCAGGGCGCGAGGCCACCAGGCGGUGCCCCGAGACCCCCCACGACCGAGAGGCCAGGUUUGGAAGGCGCCGAGGAGGCGCCGCGCCUGCUAAAGAAACCGAGAGGGGUUCGCGGGGCGAGACCGAUUUGUCGCCGGCGUUCCCCUUCUCCCUCCCUCCGCCGCCCGUGGUGUUUGCUUUACAGCCGCGAAGGUGGAAACUUUUUGACGUUAAGUGGAGGGCAUCACCCUCUCGGCUAAAGUCGGCGGAGGGCACGAUGUGUCAGGAGUCCGGCGGAAUCCGAGAUUCCGCGCCGGAUUACUCGGCCGGGUCGGCACGCAAGGCGGGCUCCGUGCCCUGCAGGAAACCCCGAACGAGCACGGAAGCGCCGAGAGCAGGCGGCGGGGGCGGGGCCCCCGCCGCCGGGGUUGCGUGACCUGCCGGCCGGCGGCCGCACGCACUUCGUGCUGGUGGCUGCCCUCUCCUGCCUGGCCGGCAGCGGCCGCCGCGGGGCGGGAGGCGCAGGUGCUGGAGGGCGGCACCCGGUUUCCACUUUUACAGCCCCAGCCGGGAGGGGAGUCACGCUAUGUUUCUGGGAAAGGGAGUGAGUUCACCGGGGAGGACACGGCGUCUCCUUGUUAUCAGAACGUGGGUAGCAUUCGGUAAUAAAACCCGCUCACACAGGAUGUAUUAGACGAACUGGGAACCGGAGCUGCUUAAUCAAUAAGUAAUCGUGCUGGGAAAGUUUACCAAACAAAGAAAACAACAACUUUAAGAGGCAGGGCGCACAGGUGCGAAGCGUGUGACAGGCUUACACAAACAGGAACAGAGCAAGGACGGCGGUUUCGGGAGGCCCUUUUGUCCACUCUGCACAAAGAUGAAUAAGAGAGUCUAGAUUCCGUGCGUGUUGUUAUUCCUCCUCGAAGCGUUCCUUCCAGUGUUUUAUUUCAAAAUCAGAAGUACCUAUUUCCCUGGAAUACUGAAUGUAGAGAGACUUCUUUUACGUGUCUACUGAAGAGUCCCAAGCGCAUUUAAAAAAGAGAAGACGACAGACAUCCAAGCUCCUUGUCAAGAUCAUGAGAAAAAGUGUUUUUCGCUCAGAUAUCUAUUUACGUAACUCAUAUGUUUGUAGAUAUCUAGAUAAAUGAAGUUUGGAGGGCAGAACAAAAAUAUUAACACCAAAAUAGUUUAACACACAAAACCACUCCGGUGGACUAAAAGCUUUCAGCUUAUCUGCUAUUUAUUUAUAAAUUUUUAUAUGGUGGAUCUAAGCUCUUAUUUAUUUCCCUCUUACUCUUUCUCUCAGACCUAUGGUGCCUAGUGACACACGCAUUGAUUUUUGUUAUACAAGUAACGUAUUAUUGAAGAGGAGGAUUUUCCUGGGUUAGGAUACCUGCCGUAAACUAGGAAACUUCUUCAAAAUACUCGUAUUUACCUCCCAACUUAUCACAUGUUUAAAGGGUGAGCAAGGUUCACUGUUCACUUUUAAAAUGUUUUCCCAGUCAACUGAUCCUUACUUAAGUGUAUUUGGGGAUGUUUAUUUUGUCUGCCCAGCAGUCUGUUUCCUCUGGGGCAGAACUGCCCCUUUACUGUUCUAGGCAUAUAAUUAGAAAGGGAAGUUCAUCAUGUGUGGCCUUGCCUACCUGAUCUUCACAACUGGUCAGGAGGCAUGUACCUGCUAUCUCCUAGCUUCAGCAAUUUGGUCAAAGGAUUGCUGUAUAACUUAAGUGUGCCAAACAGUUAUUUCCUGGCAUUUUUCUAACUGGUGGUUGGGAGCAGCGUCCUCCUCUUUGCCUCUUGCUGACAAAUCUGGACUGUCAGCCACUGUGCAGACACUGUAAAAGAAGAGAGCCAACCUGCAUUAAGUGGUAAACUCAAAGGGCUGAGACGCACCAUGAUUAUUACAGUUCAAGAAUCCAUAUCUGAAGUUCUCAAAGAAGUCCUGUUUUCCUGCUUUCUUGAAGCUUGGUUAUUCAGCUCUUGUUGACUCUGUGAGGUACUCUGGUAUCCUAAGAAAAUAUACAUCUAUAGACACAAAUAACAGAAUGUAUAUUUAGAAUACUACUUGGAAAACUUAUUUUUUGGAUUGAUAAUAUUGUUUUUAACUUGCUUUUUUUUCACAGAACAAUCCAUUGGGACAUUAGUUACCAAGCAACGAUAUCAUCAUUUCUUUAAAAGAUGCACAACCUUGAUAUUUGAUUAUUUUACUUGAGAACUCACAUUUUGGGAAAUUAUGGAUCGUCACAUCCCCAUGCAUGCAUUACCUGAAGAAAUCCAAAAGAUGUCUCCUGAAGAAAAAGUUUGUAAGUACUGUGGAGUCAGCUAUCUGAUCCUUCACGAGUUUAAGGCUAUGGAAGAAAAAGUGAAGGCGAUGGAAAAAGAGAUGAAAUUUUAUCAAGGAAGUGUAGACCGUGAAAAGAGACUUCAAGAAAAGCUACGGUCUCUUAGUCAAGAUUUUGAACAGUACAAAAUUAACAAUGAAUCCAAAACAGAAAGAAUUCAAGAUGUGAGCAUGCAGUUAAAAAGUCAACAAAAUGAAUUUCAGAGAAUACAGAAAGAAUUGAAUCAUUUGCAACAUGAAUUAAAAAUUAAGCAGAGACAAUCACAAGUAUUCAGUCAAAGAUUGGUGGAGUACAAAUAUUUCUGGAAUAAGACUCUUUCAUUACUUACUUUUACUAAAAGGGAGCUAACCAGUAUUAAAAAUGAAGUAUAUGAUAAUUUUCAAAACUGGACUUCACUGAAAGGAGAAGUUUUUCUACAAAUUAAAUCCAUAAGUGAAACAGCCUUUACAGAAAUAGAGAUACUAAAGAAAAGUUUGACAGUGUCCCAGAGAAAUAAGAUAUGCCUUGAAGAGGAAAUGAAAAAUCUGAAAUUAUUGUCAGAUGCAGCCAUAUUGAGGUCUCAGCAGAUUCAGACAUCCAAACAACAGGAAGUAAACUUGCAAACCAGAUGCCAUGACUUGCAAAAAGAAGUACUAGAUUUACAAGGUCAAGUAGAGGCCCUUGGGCUAAACCUUCAGAAGGCAGUGACCAAGAUUGACGACUAUAAAGAAAAGCUCAUGAAUAAAUCUAAUGAAGCUGCUGACUGUCAAAGAGAACUUAGAAAACUGAAGUUUGAAUCCAUUAUUUCUGAAUCACGGCAUACCAGAUUGCUUAAAGAGAAAGAGGAUUCUUUAAUGGCUUGUCAACAAAUAUAUAAAACUUUACAGGAAGAACUGACUGCAAAAGAAAGACAAGAAGAAGACGUGAAAAAAAGAAUUAAUCUUGCAGAAAAUGAACUACAGAUAACCAAAACUCUUCUGACUCAGACAAAGGAAGAGGUUAUAACACUGAAAAAUGAAAGGGAACUAAUGCUGAUUUCACAUCAGAAGAGCAUUGAACAGCUGCAGGAAACCCUUAGACAGAAGCUGCUGAAUUAUGAUAACUGGAGAGAGAAGAUUGAAGCUGAGCUGGCCAAGGAAAGAGCCCGACACUUAGUUGAAUUUGAGGAGCAAGCUCUGCUUUUUAAGGAAGAAGCUAAACUGGAACUUGAUAUUGAAAAGGAAAAACACCAAGAAAUAAUCCAAAAGUAUAAGAAAGAACAAGAGGAACUACAAACAAAGAUAUCAGACUUAAUCACAGGUGCUACCAGAGAGCUAAGGCUGGAAGUGGCCACCCUUGAAGAAAAACUCCGUGAAUCUUGUAUCCGCUACACUGAAGAUUCUGAGUCAAAGGAGAAAGAAAUCAAAAACCUGAAAAAUAUGGUUGCAGAAUUUGAAUCCCGCUUGAAGAAGGAAAUUGCUAGUAAUGAUUCUGUUUCGGAGGACUUGAGGAAGGAAAUGCAGCAAAAGUCAGAUGAGCUAGAAAGAGUAAUGCUGGCACAAACACAACUGAUACAGCAGUUUAACGAGUCCCAGGAACAGAACACUUUUCUUCAGGAAACAGUGAGGAGGGAGUGCGAAGAACGCUUUGAACUGACAGAGGCUUUGAGUCAAGCCAGAGAACAGCUCCUGGAGUUCAGGAAACUCAGUGGAAGUUCACCUCUAUCACCGUGUUCCCUUAGCCAGGGCAGCCUAACCUCCUCUGCUGUAGUGGUCAGUAAUCAGGGAGAGAGGAGCCUUACAAGACUGAACUCUGGAAAAGGAAUCAAAAUCCCCAGCCUGCACAGAGUGUCAAAACCCGCCACUUCCCCAACCUCGCCUCAGUCCAAGAGGCUCAGCGGCUCAGGUUUGCCCACUGUCCCCCAACCCCAUCCUCCUCCCAGGGGUCGAGCAUCUUCAGUAAAUGAGACCAGACAAAGGCUGGCCACCAUUCUUCGGAGGAGACUGAGUCAGCAGGGAUCGGUCCAGUCAGGAGCAGCUCCCCCCAGCACACCUGGUCUUCCCCAGCGGGCCAGAGAUGCACGGUGACUGAGGAUGACAAAGGUCAAAUUAUUAUCGCAGAUCAAGAAUGUGUGUUUAUAGAUGUUUUUAAUAAGAUAAUUGGGAAAAUUAGGAAUUGUGAAGCCACAUUUUCUAAGAGAUCUUUGAAGUUGCCACAGAUAAUGAUAUUGUUGAUAUUCCAGAGGGCCAGUGUCCAUAUUUCUAUAUUGCAUCUUUAGGUGUGGUCUAUGAAUAUACCCUUUUAGAUAUCAUAGGUGAAAAUUUUCACUCAUGGCAUCUUUGCUAUAUAUAUAUAUUUUUUUUGCACCAUUACAAGCAGAUAUAUUUCCACAAAAAAUUAGAUUGUAUUGGUUCUGUCAGUGUUUGUUCCUUUGUUUGUUGAGCUGAAUGGGUGAAAUAGAUGUAAUUCAUAUUUCCAAAUAGAAAACAGAAGUACUUUAGUCCUACAUUUGAUAAUUUCCAAAGUGUUUAGUUCAAAUAUUCACAGAAUUCAUCAUCAUCAUAGAAACCUCUUUUUUAUCUUGCAGUCUAAUUGGUUAAUUCAGUUUCUUUUUAGGCCAGAAGUAAUGAUAGGUAAGGUAUCCUUCAAGAAGGCAGUCUUCCCUGUGAACUUGGGACCUUCUAGGAAAAGGGACAGCAACUCCAAUUC